ACUGGGACCUCCAAUGUCGAAGCAGGUGUCUUGGCGCGGGUUCGGACUGUUCGCUUGAACCUUCCACCGAUCGAUGGUUGCGGUCACUGUGUAACUUGAAGUACCACCGACGGCCUUGACCGGGCGCGUGGCAGAUUGCGACAUCGAUUUGAACUCGUUGGCUUGAAACCAUCACACAAAAUGGUGUCAGAAACAGCGAAGUUGGUGAAAGAAAAGGGUAACGGGGCCUUUAAGGCUGGUGACUAUCCCACUGCAAUAGGCCAUUAUACCACCGCCAUCCUUGCGGAUGGAAAUGAUCCAACCUUCUACCUUAACCGUGCUGCCGCAUAUCUGAAACUAGGCAAAAACGAAGAUGCUGAAAGAGACAGCACGAAAGUCCUCGCGUUAAGCCCAAAUAAUGUAAAGGCACUCUUCAGAAGAGGACAGGCCAGACGAUCUUUGAGCAACUUCGACGAUGCUCGCCAAGACUUCAACGAGGCCCUUAGGUUGGAGCCCUCAAACAUGUCCAUAAAGAACGAACUUGCCGAGCUAGAGGAGGAAACACGAGAGAGACAAGGCAAGUCGGUGCCGAGACGCCGUCGAGUACCGAUCGAAAUUAUUGAGCCAGAGGCAGAUAAGUCGCCGGUGGCGAAGGAUGAGCCUUUGCUACAGCCAGUGUCAUCCAGGGAUCUGAGGCCUGAGACCAAGCGAGAAACCAGAGAGCAGUUACCUCCCAAGCCCCAAACAUUUGCGGACGCAAAACAAGCUCGGGAAUCCAAGGGCAUUCGAGUCGGUGGUGGCAUAUUCCGACCAUCCGGAAAUCACACUAUCGUUACGAGAACAGCGAACGAGGCCUCUCACGAGCCAAGGUCAGGCAAGGCAAAUACCACGCCCGUACAGUCCCCGACGACACUUUUUGAUUUUACUAAAUCAUGGAACUCUUUGGAAACGGACGAGGCUCGGUGGAAGCUCAUGUGUACGAUCCCUCCAUCCUCUCUUCCUGCACUGUUCCAGGCAUCCCUGGAACCUGAUUUGCUUAAAUCGAUCCUGCAUACUUUCCAGGCGGUCUGCAAUCCGUCUACCAGUAGCGCCGUACGGGAUUACCUGACAGCCCUCAUGAGAGUUCAAAGGUUUGGGACAGUGAUGUUAUUCAUGGACAAACAGGAGCGACAACGUCUGGAAUCACUUCUCCAGGAGGUGGAAUCGUUGUGAUCGGAUGAAGCAAAAUAUGUGUUCAUUUGCGGUUUUAUCACAGUACUUCAGGCGGAUGACGUAGUACUGUGGUUUGUUUGCUUCCGCUCU